GUGCCGGCGGCGGCAGCAGCGGGCAGUGGGCUGGCAGAGCAAACAUGAAUGUUGGAGUCGCCCACAGCGAGGUGAAUCCUAAUACUCGUGUGAUGAACAGUCGUGGUAUGUGGCUGACGUAUGCAUUAGGAGUUGGCUUGCUUCAUAUUGUCUUACUCAGCAUUCCCUUCUUCAGUGUUCCUGUUGCGUGGACCUUAACAAAUAUAAUACAUAACCUGGGGAUGUAUGUAUUUUUGCAUGCAGUGAAAGGAACACCUUUUGAAACGCCUGACCAGGGUAAAGCAAGACUCCUAACUCACUGGGAACAGCUCGACUAUGGAGUACAGUUUACAUCUUCACGGAAAUUUUUCACAAUUUCUCCAAUAAUUCUAUAUUUUCUGGCAAGUUUCUAUACGAAGUAUGAUCCAACUCACUUCAUCCUGAACACAGCUUCUCUCCUGAGUGUGCUAAUUCCCAAAAUGCCACAACUACAUGGUGUUCGGAUAUUUGGAAUUAAUAAGUAUUGAAAUGUUUUGAAACUGAAUUAAAAAUUUUAGGGCAACUCAGUUUCCUGUAAGGACAGAGUAGGCCGUAUACUGCACUGUUUCUGUGAAACUGCAAAAUGAGAGGUAUAUACAUUUGGGGGCCAAUUGUUGGUUCUUCAUAUGCUGUUUUGAAGUGCAGAUUUUACUCAACGAUACCUCUUUUCUGUUUCUGGUGUAUUUCUUAAGUAAAGCUUUGCAGGAAGGCUGGGCAGGCCUAGCUCCUAAGUUAAAUGGAUGUACAGUGAGGGUCUAUUAGAGAAAUCCAAAGUAAAAAGAGAUCUGUAAAAACCUAGGACUAACUUAGUUAUAAUGAAUGGGCAUUAUGUUAGGAGAAGAAAUUUUCCAAUCAAUCAGUUAUGGUCAUUUUAAGCAGACUUAAGCAUGUAAACCAUAAUCAUCUUUAAAAGUUUUUAUAAAGUGUUUUUACUACCAUACCCUUUUGUUUUAUACAAGCCAAUUUCUACCUUAUUUUAUGAGCAUAUUUUUGUGGGGUUUUUUUUUCCUCAACAAUUUGCAUUAAUAGACAAGGCCAUCUUCACAUUAAGUUACUGAGUUUAUGAAGGUCCACCUUGAUGACUGAUGAAUGAAAUAAGAUACAUUAUAAACAGUCUUUGAGUCAAACUUAUUCUGGAACAAAAGGUUUGCUGCCUUAUUAGAGUAUGAGGCUACUAAACCAGUUAAGAAAAUAAUUUAUUUCAAGCAGUUAAAAUAUAUACUAAUGUAAACUUCUCUGCUUAUUUGGCUAAGCGACUUGUUAAAAUAUGCCAUUUAGAAAAGAAAAUACAGCCUGUGGUCUGGCAGAAACCGCUUCUCUAGCCUUACUAAGUAAGUAGUGGAGCCUUUACUUACUUGCAGGAAACAAAGCAUCACUAUUCCUUAGUUUUCCUGCUUUAAAUCUCCAUAUUUUACCCAUUAAAUUUUUGGCUUUUCAAUAAAUAUAGAUAACCCCAAAUUGUAAUUAUUUCCAAAGCAGUAACCAGAUUGAUAAACUUGUGAUAGGGGAAGUUUCCUAUAAUUAAUCACAAGAAAUAACUAUUUACAAUUUUGAGAAUUUAACUUUUAAAAAACAAAACCAGUUCUGGUAUAGAAUGAAACCGAAAAAUACAGUAAUAUUUGUAAACAAAAUUGAAGAAUUUUAGAACAACUUGAAAAUCAAUUUGUUUCAAUAAAAUGACUUUUGGGGAUAAUGAUCAUUGUUUUGUAUUUCAAAAUUAUUGAGUUUAGAAAUCAAUUGUAUGAUACUGCCUUUGUAUGUUUGUCUUUACUCAUGUGUUUUUUAAAUAACGUAAUCUACACACUAAUAAAACUUUUCCUUAUUUCAAAGGUUC